GGAAGCAGCUCUUGUAAAAGUUCAGUAGCUCCCGGCAAGAUGGCCUCUCACUGUCUGCUCCUCCUCUGCCUUGCUGGACUGGCAUUUGUGUCUGAGGCUGAGCCUGUGGGCACUGGUGAAGCCAAAUGUCCUCUGAUGGUCAAAGUCCUAGAUGCCGUUCGAGGCAGUCCUGCCGUCGGUGUAGCUGUGAAAGUGUUCAAAAAGGGUGCUGAUGAAACCUGGGAGCCAUUCGCCACUGGGAAAACCAGUGAAACUGGAGAGCUGCAUGGGCUCACCACUGAAAAGGACUUUGUAGAAGCGAUGUACAAGGUAGAGUUGGACACCAAGUCCUACUGGACGGCCCUCGGCAUUUCCCCAUUCCACGAACACGCAGAGGUGGUGUUCACAGCCAACGACUCUGGCCGCCGGCACUACACCAUCGCAGCCCUGCUCAGCCCCUACUCGUACUCCACCACCGCAGUUGUCACCAACCCUAAGGAGUGAGCAGCUUGGAGGAGGACAGCCUUGUGCAACCAACAUUUUUACAAAAGCAGUAUUUUCAUCUAUAAGCUAUGUUAGAAACUCAGGAAGAUCUGAUAAAGCAUUCCUAUUAAAGCAUUUCUCAUUUCAUUCGA